UGAGCCCUGUCAGAGGUGGUGGAGGGGGCAAGGAGAACAUUUCCAAAGCCCGGUGGGUGCAACCAGGAACUGCUGAGCGGAGGAAUGAGGCCGGGAGGGGCUGAGGGGCUCCCACCUGGCAAUUUCCAGGUGCGGGAAACGGGAGCUCAAGCCGAUGCUUGUGGCAGGUGUGUCACCAGCUCUGAUGAAAGAGGACCUCAGACAGGUAUAAAAAGGCCGGUCCAGGCUCCUGGGUCACACCAACAGAUCCAUCCCCUGCAAAGCCUCCUCGGAGACCAGGGUACCUCCAGAGCUCAGCCAUGUCCUCCAGCAGCCACAGCCACGCCGGGAGCCGGCAGUUCCCCGGGAAUUGCACCUUGGAGAAGGCCCUGCAGACCCUGGUGGACGUUUUCCACCAGUACAGCAUCCGCCAGGGCGAGAUCGACCUGCUCAGCCUCAGCGACUUCAGGACGCUGCUGACGGAGCAGGCGCCGUCCUUCCUGGGGAGCUGCAACAGGAACCAGGCUGGCUACUUGGAGAAGCUUUUCCAAGAGACCGACCUGAACAAGGACAAGGAGCUGAGCUUCGAGGAGUUCACCGUCGUGCUGAGCAAGGUGGCCGACGACGCCCACCGCAUCAGCCACGGCUCCGAGCGCUGCGGGCCCGACCGGGACUGAGCCUGGGCACGGAAACCGGGCAGAGGGAAGCUUUGGGAAUUUGGGAAUUGGGCUCUGGCUGCUCCCAGCCUGCUCGGGACAGCCCCGCUCACGGCACAAUAAAGCAUCGCUUGAA